AUGGCUGAACUAGUCAAUAUCACAAAAUCAGAAUUGACUGAUGAACAGUUACAGAGGUUGGAAGAAUACGAGAUCUCCAAUGGGCCUAUGUCGUUAUUGAAAUCUGCAGUUGAAACACACUCUCCAGUUAUAAUAUCGUUAAGAAACAACCAUAAACUCAUCGCCAGAAUUAAGGCGUUUGAUAGACACUCUAACAUGGUUUUGGAAAACGUGAAAGAAUUGUGGACCGAGACCCCAAGAAACUCGAAGGGUAAAAAGAUAAAGCCCGUUAAUAAGGAAAGAUUCGUCAGUAAGAUGUUUUUGAGAGGGGAUUCUGUGAUAGUUGUCUUUAAGGCUCCAGUGUGA